GGGGUGAAUAAAGCUAAACGGCUAAAAAGGUUAUUCAAAUAGAUCUCACCACUUGGCUAUGAUCGUACUUUAAUUUUGGAAAGUAGACGCAUAGCAUUAAACUAAAAUAGCAAAGAAAAUGUAUCUUUUUUUUUUUCCUACAGUACACGGGUUUGGGGCAGUAUUUCUGCUGAGCGCUUAUUGGUUGGUGAGAUGAUGUUGAAGUAGCAGAAAUGCUAGUGUCCUACUGUCCAAACCGAUUUGCUAUAAGAAAUGUCUGAGCAAGAAACUAUUUUAAUUAUUUCUUUUUAGCUGUUUAGCUCAAUUGAGCUCCAUUCACCCCCAUUCACAAUGGACUCGCUCGUGGACGUCUCUAGCGUCUGACAAACCCGGAAGACAUUACUGAGAGACGGUUCUCUAGAAAGUUUCUGCUUAAGCUGACAUACGUGUAUGCCUUCUAGUGGAUUCAGCAAAUAAGUCUUUACAUUUACAAUGAUAAAACACGUCUUUUUGACAGGUCUUCCAGGGGUUGGGAAGACCACACUAGUCCAGAAGGUGUGUGAGGUGAUGGUUUCUGGUGGUGUGAGCCUCAAUGGAUUUUAUACAGAGGAGGUUAGAGAGAGUGGGAGGAGAGUGGGCUUCGAUGUAGUCACAGUGACUGGAGAAAGAGGACCCCUGUCCAGAGUGGGAAAUGAAGGCUCAGUUGGGAAACGUGCAUAUAAGGUCAGCCAGUAUGUUGUUGAUCUUUCUUCAUUUGAAAAUCUUGCUCUGCCGCUUUUCCAGAAUAUGGGUGAGGGAAGCAGGAGAGUGUUUGUCAUUGAUGAGAUUGGGAAGAUGGAACUCUUCAGCCAGACAUUUAUCCAGGCUGUUAGGCAAGCUCUGGACAGCUCAGACUGCAUUCUGGGAACCAUCCCCACCCCUAAAGGAAAACCCCUGGGCCUAGUGGAGGAGAUAAGGGCAAGGAAGGAUGUCAAGGUCUUUAUGAUUACGAAGGAGAACAGAGAUGCUGUCUUUGACGAAAUUGUGACUGCAGUGAAGGAAUGUCUAAAGAUACCAACUGGCAAGAAGACAGGCGGAACAGACAAUGGCACUUCAGGGUAAAACUUGCUAAAAAUCCUCAUUAACAAUAAGCAAAAGCAGCUUGGGAAGAAUCAGUUCUGUGGGACUGUUUUGUUUUGUUUCUGGAAUACUGCUAUUGACUUUUUUUUGUUUCGAUAAUCAGUAAUAAAUUCUUCCCAACAUCUAGGAGAAUCUCUCGCAUAUUUCUGAAGGCUUUGGAGUAGUCCAACUUUCAUGUUUUCUGGUCAAGAAUAAAGCAGUUUAAUGUCACAUUUAAAAUU